AUGGUAGACAGUAUGUCAUCUUUGUCGUGUUCUGAAAUUACACGAAAUCCAUUCGAUAGCGGGAUUGAAGAUCGCACAAACUGCCCAGACUUCAGUCCUUCCAUGUUCUCCAUUCAAGAAACACCGGGAAGUCAAAAGGUAUGAUUUUAAGUGAACUUUUGACGACACAGUUCAAUAUUUAAGUUUAUGCUGUUGCAAUCAACACUCUGUUGUUAAAAUUACUUUUUGUCUGUCGCAGAAACGACGUAGUUUUCGAUGGUCAAUCGGGCAAAUUUCACGGUUGGUAAGUGACUGGAUGAAAGAAAAAUAAUUUACAAGCCUCCAAGACUUUGAUCCUUUGUGAUCCUUUUAGAAUAUAGAAGUAAUUCUCUUUAUAUGAUAAUAUAGCUUGAGUAGUGUCAGGAAAAUUGACUUUAGAACUCAAGAACGCUGACGGUGUUUUUAUUGAUCAUGCAGUAGCACGUUUUUCUAAUUGUUUUAUCCUUGAGCCUAUUGCUUCGAUUACCUUACAUCCUACAAACUCUCAGGAUAAAAUCAAGCCUUAAGUUAAUUAAAGUGAACGAGAUCUCGUUUUUAAGAUGUCAAAAUGUCAUUUUAGUUUUUGAGGAUACUCUUAAGAUGCAACAUUUUCAGUCAAUAAAAUUAAAGUUUAAGACUUAAUAAAAUUUAUAUGUUUAAUGAACAUAUAAAGAGUUUUUUUGGUACUAUAUUGAUUUCAUCAAAAUGUUGGCAAAUCAUUCAUGAUUCAGAAUCCUGCUGAUAUUGAAGAAUUUCCAGAUCAAGAAUACAGCACCACAUUUGAAAGGUUAGUUACACCUCAUUUAACAAAUAAUUAUUGUAUUCAACAAUUCAGCAAUGGUGGUUUCUACAUUUAUUACACCCAUUUUGAAAUCACUGGUGGUCUCUGUAAUCUGAUUGGUUCUAAUUGGUGUGAUUUAUUCACAAAUCGCACCUUUUUUUGCUCUAAAUCGCAACUUUUUCCUGGCCAAUGAGGAGGCUAGUCACUAAAAACAAAACAACCAAUCAGACUUCAAGGCUUGUUCAAAGUAACAGAUCAAAUUACAGGAAAAUGAAAGAUGCAAUUAAACUAUGUCAAGAUGUCCUAACAACUGAACAAAAAUUCAAAAUUGAUGGGUUUUGCCUCAAUUGUCUUUUAGUUGCUGUUCUGUAUGAUUAGAAAUCGUUUUCCAAACCUCUCAGACACCAUUAGAGAUAUGAUAAAAAUCAAAACCUUGUCUUCUGAGCCACUGCUAUAAGUUAUGGAUCAUUAUUUUCAAAAGAUUUAGUUAAAAAAACCUUUUUUUCAUGUCUCAUGUUAUUAAUAUAGGGAAGAAGAUGAAAUCGCUGCUCAAGAAAAAAUAGAUGAGGUUGGUUAAUACACACUACUACUGAUUUACAUUCAAGCAAUAUUAUAUCACAGGGUUAAAGCUGAACAAGGGCAAUGCUAUAAGAGGUGCCAUAGCAUGCUAGGCUAUGGAUUGAAAUGUUUCUAUCAAUGACUAGUGUCAUGUUCUUCGCCUGUCCCUUUCCACUCAGAGAUACAUUCACAUAAAUGGCAAAUGGCAAAAUCAAAGGGAAACUUAGCAAAAUGAUAUUAGGGGGUGUUUGGAAGUGUAACCUGUGAAGAAAAGUAGAUAGGUAGUACUGGCAAUACUAAGAGGUUGUUUUACGCUACAGAAAUCACAUUGCAACAUUUUUAGCUCUGGCCACUAUGCAAGUCUUGUAAUCAAGUUAUAUCAUUCAUUUUUUUUUUUCAUAUUUUAGUAUUUCUCUCAAAACUUUAUUGUUCCAUCUCCAUGGACACCAAACCAUGAAGCCAAACAUGUGAAGUUCUCUCCUCUGCCACCUGCAACUGCAUGUGAGUGUUCCUUGGCAUUUAAAUUUAUUAGUGGAGACUAAAAAGUAAAGCGCUUAUGCAGGCCCUAGUGGCCCAUGGGGCUGGCGCUUAGCUCUGGUUUCCUUUAGCAUGAAGUGGCUAGGAGUAUUGCUACUCCCCCCUGGAUGGGAUGCUGGUCCAUCACAGGGUUACCCCCAGGACAUUUGCUGGUACCCAUUUGUACACCUGAGUGAAGAGAAGCACUGUGAGAGUAAAGUGUCUUGCCUAAGAACACAACACAAUGACUCCAGCCAGGGCUCAAACCCAGACCACUUGAUCCGGAGUCGAGUGCACUAACCAUGAGGCCACCGUGCCUCCUAGUGAAGACUAAAGCCCCAUUCAAAUGGUAACCUUGACAAUGGUGUAUCACUGUAUAUGAUCAUUCUUUAGUGUCAUUUAGUUUCACACAUUUUGUAGUAGAUUGGGAUCAAUAUCAGUAUCUGGACAACUGCCCACCUACCCUUCCCCUAACCCAACAUUCACCCUAACUUGUUAUCAAUUGACUGUUGUUGGGUUAGGGGAGGGAUAGGUGGGCAGUUACCCAGAUAAUGAUAUUGAUCCGUAGAUUGCUUACAAUGCAGUUAUUAAGAAUCAUCAAAGACUGUAAUUUACAUUGUCAAAACAUAUAAUGCACUUAAUUUCAAAUUAGAUUUUUAUUGUUAGCUGAUUAAAGAAAUAAUCAGCCUAUUGAAAUAUUACAAAUUAUCUUGUGAAAAUAAUUCCAUCCUAUGUAGGAAAAUUAGAGUACCUGUGAUAAUGGAACCUUGUUCUUAACUUUGCUUUUAGACAUUGAGGCUUUAAGUUCAGUAGAAUCGUCCUAUUCAUCACCAAUGUCAUCAAAUAGCAAAGCAAAGGCUGAUGGUAAGAAAAAUAAUUUUAACCUCUUUUUAAUCACUGCAUUUCUUUGUGUAGGUUGGAUUUGAGCAACAGGACUCAAAAAUCUUGAAAAUGAAGAGAAAUACCUAAAUUAACUUCAAACUGAGAAGCAGCGGUCUCUUAAAUUUAAAUAACAUUUUCAAAUUAGUUUUUAUUGUUUCAGCAAGCAGUCAAACAAAGCUUUCUUUACCACCAGACUUCGACCUACAAAAUCACAUUGGUAAGUGAAAUAUUUUGAACCAAAUUGUCGCUGGGUUUCUCAGCCAUUCUUUCGGGUGUCAAAAAAUGCUCCUUCCAAAAGUAGCUUCUUUCAGUGGAAGUAGCAUCGCAAGACAUUCCAAAGAACUGCUACAAAGGUGACUAAAUUUUCACGAUGUAUUUCCAAAUUGCAGUGUGAGUGUCAUUGAUGAGGGUACUGAAUUGCAGGAUUUUUUAAAUUGCUCCUCUCGCGUUUAGGUUGGUCACAUACUUAAUUAAGGUCAUUCUUUUCAGAUGCAGCUUAUUACAAUAAGGAUGGUCUCAAUGGUAGUAAAGACACUUCAUUAUCAUCAUUGAGACGGAAGCUUUUCACACCAACAGAUACAAAAACCGCAGCAGAGAAGGAUCAGUUGACAGUGCCAUACCAUAUAAAGUAAGUAACUAAGCAACAGUUCCCCCACUGUAAGAAACCUGUUCAUAAGGUAAUUUAUCAGUACCAAGAAAGACUGUGGAUUAGGCUUCUGGUUUAGUAUUCAUAAUUAUAUAAGAAAUGGCAACAAUCAUAAGUUAUGAAUUUCUUAUUUCAUUUGUUUUAGAUCCAUCUUGAAGAGUCCUAAAAGCCCUGCUUUUGUAAGUUAUUUUAGCCUAAAGAUUGGUCCAAAUAUAACCCAUUGUUCUGAUCAAUGAAUGAUUUACUCUCAUUGAAAUAAUUAAAAUAAGCUACAUAUAAUUAAGGUGGGGGCUUGGUGGUUGAUGCAGUGGAUGAAGAGGUCCUGGGUGUACCUGAAAAAAUGCAACCUAGGGGAGAGGUAACCUUUUGGGAAUGGGUACCAGUAAAUGUUGGGCAAACUUGACAAAAUACACAGAGAAGGAAAUCUGCUGGAGUCUAGCAUCCUAGACAAGAUUAAAGUAUUGUUUUAUUUAGAAGCUGCUCGUGCAACAGAAAGUAAAUUGGUAAAACUACAGCGUAUGGGGCCACUUAUUUGCAUGUUAUCAAUUCUUAUCAUUCUUAAAAGCAUGCUGACAAGGUGGACCGCAGUGGCCUUCUAUUCUAGUUGCUUCUGAGAAUUAAUUUGAAACUGUAAUUUUAGGUGACUUCAAGCCCUGUAUCUGACCAAUCAACCCCAAGGCAUGCUGUGAGACAAAGGCAUUCCACAGCUAGCACCAUGUCUAGUCCAAACAUGUCUCCAAUAAAACCUUUACCCACUGUACAAGAAACACCCACAUCAGCAAGAAGGGGGUAUUUAUCGAGACAAAGCCUUAGCCCCAUGGACUGUUCGUCAGGUGUGCUUGAGUCUUCUGGAAUUGAUAUUAAAGGCGAUAUUCUUCCUGAUCUGUCUCCGAUCAAAGCAAUUGGGCAGGCAGGAAAAUCUGUGAAUGGUAGGUUAUGUAAUAUAAAUCGGGUUUCUUUCAAACUCACUAAAAAAAAUGUCUGGGGUCUGGGUACGACAACAAACGUUUCGCGUCACUGAUGUUCGAGGACUUGAUAGCAUUUUUCCUUGAAAGUCAUUCGAGAGUGUGUUGACUUCACAACAGUCCUUAUUAUUAGUUUAUCAUACCACUUUGGUGUACUUUAAUCGAGAAAUGGCCUGGUUAUUAUAGUACGUUACAGCAAGUUCUUUCGCAGAACGAGUGAAAUUAGGGUUUAAUGUAAAUAGUACUAUGGAAAUUGAGAACGAAUCAUCGCUAUCAGGUAAAAAAACUUCAGUAAAUUUCUGCUUUUAUUUUAAUGUAUAUUUCUAAGCCUGCUUGAAAAUCAGAUCAACUGUUGUAGAAGAAUUGUUUGUGAAAUCUUCUAUUCAUGUUUAUCGUAAGAUUCAGCACUACACUAUAAAUAGUUCAUUUCAAAAUGAGCAGUUGACUCUUGAUCGAGCAAGACUAUUCGACGAAGCGUACUUCAGGCUCUAAAAGUUGUUCAGUACUAACCUCUGAAAGAAUUUUCAAUAGACUCCCUUUGAGAUUUUAUCACACAGCUUUUUAGAUGAUGUGUUUUAGUUGGAGGUCAGACAUAGGUAUACUUUAAAUGAAAGAGUUGGUAGUGCUUUGGACUCGAGUUGAAACCCCAACCAAAGCGCUUGAGAGCGUCAUUAAACGAGGUUAAUUAUUGUGAAAUGAACCUGCUUUAAUGACCAAGCUACCAAAAGUCUCCUUUGGCUGAGUUCACUGCUGUAAAUGCACCCAAAGUACUAAUGGCAUUCAUCAUGGUGUUCAUUAAAAAUUGUAAUAGCAUAUAUUUAAGAACAUUCUUAAGAAACUGGAGGAUAUUCUUCCAUUCCAUCAAAAUUUAGCCAGAGAGCUUUGAAUAGAGGGAAAAGCUUAACAGUUUGGUAUAGAUUCAAUGUGGAGUGGGAGCACUGGGAAUUUUUUUAGAAGUGUAGUUGUGUCACUGGAGGAAAAAACUGUUUUUAGGGCUCUGAUGUAGAUUGUGAAAUAGAGCAUUUAGACAAUGAGGCACUUCAAUACACUUACUUUCAAAUUUUCUCAUGUUCUGUAGACAAAGAAGAUCCUAAUAACUCAGUCGAUGAUGGUGGUCCUCUAGAAGUAUCAGCUCUCUCCACAAAGGAAGACAACGAAGAAGAGGACUUGGAAAAGAAAGAGGAACACAUCAAUGAUUAUGAUGAUGAUGAUGAUGAUGAUGAAGAUGAGGAGAUGCCACCAAAAAUCACAAUGGAGGACUUAGCUGAUGAUUUAGAUUCUACAGAUGAUGAAAAAAUGACUGAUCAAAGCACAGAUUCUCCAGAAUUAAAGUUUACAGAAUCAUCUCCUAAGGUAAUAUCAGACCCAGGUGAAAUUGAAGCAGAGGUUUUGGAUGCCAAGGGUGAUGAAAAGGACAGCUCAAGUGUAGAGAGUGGUGGAGCAGAAGUUGAAAAAAUAAACCAAGAAUCAGAGUUUGAUAAACAUGGACAGGAUUCAAGGCCAACCAGAGACUUUCAAUCAAGACAGCAUGCAUCCACUACCAAUAGAAGUGCUCAAGCUAUGGAUUAUAGCAGUACUGACCACUACCACAAAUCUAUUCACCUUAACGAACUUGACGAGGAUGUGAUUAUAAUGAGGGCAAAAGUGGCAUUGAGAAGAGCUAAUAGGUUGUCUCCACCUAAAGGUGUAAGCAAUUUCUCAUUUGAUCCCCAAAGCUUAACACUCUCUGAUUUGAGUUUAAAUGGUUCAACCGUAUGGGACCCAGUCAGAAUGUCAACACCUUUAGUUACUGAGUCAGGCAUGUCCACAACAUACAGAAGUUAUAUAAGGGAUAAUGACAGUCACCAUGGAUACAAGUCCUACAGCAGAUCACGUCGGUACAAAGGUGGUGGAGUAGCAUAUACUGAUGAGUCUGGAAUUGGGCGAAGUGAAGGAGAAAUGCCUCUGUAUAACUCCCAUGGAAUCUCCGGGAAGAGACUGUCUCCAGCUCCUGUAGUGGAACACAUUAUACAAGGGAGAAAACAACAUGGAGAUUUUGAAAGUAAGGAGAAAUUAUUCGCAAAGACAACAUGUAUACCAUGUUAGGCAUAAUAUUAUUCUUGAACCAUUGAUUCAGUGGAAAUUACCACAUGUUUGUGAGUACUCCACAGUCAUCUCAUUUGAUUACUUGCUAAUGAUAACCAUUUCAACUUCCUGCAAUAUUUGGGGUUGACUGAUGUGCUCUCUGCUAAUGUGCAUGUGGAAAUUUUUUCAUGUAUACUGUCAGUGCAUCUUCCUUUUUUUCCAAUGUAAGAUUACUAGAAAUCUAAAUCCUGAUGACUUGUGCCUGCUAAAAGUAACUAUUGACAAAUUCAACAUAUACAAACAAUUAAAACUGUAGCACUUUACACUUGAUAACUUGAUCCCUAGGGCCAGGUUGUUUAAAACUAGGUGAAGAUAACCUAGGGUUGUUGUGAAAUCUGAUUUAAGAUCUGAAAGCGUUCAAAGGAAAUUCAGUAGAAUUCUUUCUGUCUAUGAUCUGACGACUGGAUGCUUUAAAAAGAAUAGAGAAAAUUAUCCCAAAAAGGCCUUUUCCCAAAGAAAUAAAGAAACCAGAAUUAAAGUUUAACCUUGGGUCAGUGCUAAUCAGCCAUCAAACAACUGGGCCCAGAUAACUAGACUGGUUUCUUAACUUGAAUUUACUGAGCCACAUUCUUAAAGAUUUCAGCCUUCAGUAGAUAACUUGAUUUCCAGAUAACCUUUUUACCUCCCUUAAAAGUUGAACUUGUCUGAAGUCAACUGGGAAACAGAGUUGACCUUUUCAACUGAAAUGAAAAUGUUUUAAGUUGGAAAUCAGUGUCAGCCUUUGCAUUGUAUUUCACUAUUCUCCCUUUCCAGACAAUCGUUCUAAGAUUUUUUUUUCUUUAUCUUAUCCAGGGCACUACCCAUUAUCCUAUUCCAGGAGAAAGCCCAGUUCUCCAUUAUUUUCCUCUCAGAAUUACAAAAAAUGGCAGCUUUCCCAAACACAUCCAAUGUCAUACGUGGAAUGGAAAGCUCUAUACUGGAGGCCACCAAAAGAUGUUUAUUGGUGGAGAAAUGAUUACCGAUAUCACACUGACCAAUAUGGUUACGAUACAGACUUCAACAGGUAAAUUGCUUCAUCAUCAGUUGCAUUAUGAAAAUGAGCCUUAAGUUACCAUACCAUUAGAAUGCUUUCAAAUUCAACUGGUUUUUGAGAUACCCAAUGGAAAGAUAUUCUAAAAAAGUGACCGAUGGAUGAAGAUCACUUGUGAAUGAUCAUAAUGAUUAUCAUAAUACAUGAACAGGAAUUUUGAGUAGUAAGAUUUAUGUAAAGUUGUCUCUGCUGUCUAAAAAGCAAUGGAUCUUUAGAGUAUUUCCCUUUUUUUUUGUAGAUCGUCUUGGCCACCAAGACCUGUUUCGUCAAAGCUGAUUUAUGGUUCACGCCCUCUGUCUCCCCCUGUUACUUUCCCACCUGCAAAGGUUCCCAGAGCAGUACCAGGGGGUUUUGUGUCAAAGAUUGCCUUACCUUCCUAUCAAGAUAGUGACAGUGGUUACUCUGAAUGGUCACGCAGCAUCAGUCAAAGGGAGAACUUUUUAAAAAGUCAACGCAGCUCCUCAGGAUUUGCUGGAGAUUUCCACUAUUAUUACUGAAAGAAAUGUGACCCCCUCCACUCCAAUGAGAAACAAAGACAGAAUUUCUCAUUAUCACAUAAAACUAAAUACAAUGCCACACAGUCAGACAAGUAUUGGGUAUAACAAAAAAUGUAUAGGGGGAUUUUUAGGGGAUCCAAUACCAAAUUCUCCAAACUCACAUCAUGAGAAUUGUAUAGCAGACAGUAAGGAGAAUUACUUAUGAGAUCUUGGAAUGAAAGGGUUAAAGAAGAGUUGUCUAUUUACAAUAGUAAUGUGUAUCCCUUUAAGAAGAUAUAUUCCUUCUUGUUAGGCAUGUUCAUUAAGACAAAGGCCAUUGAAUUGUGAGGGAAUAGCUGUCACCUGCCAUUCUGGUUAGGGGCAAUUGUUUAAGGGGCCUUGGUCCAUAUGAACAAAUCAAUUCUUGCAUGUGAAUGACUCUUUAUUUUAUAACCAUUUGGCACUUUGUUACCUCUUUGUGUACAUGUAUGGAAGUUGAUGAUUAUCAUGAUUACUGUUAUAAUUUUCUAAACACAUGCAAAUUGAUAAUGCUUUCACAAUUUUGUGCCCCACAAAAAAAGAGAAACUGUUAGUGCUAAGUGAGAGUAACAAAUACAAAAUUUCUUUAAAUAAUUUUGUUCUUUAAACUCUGUGGGUUGUUCAGUUUUAAUCCAAAAGUUCCUGUACAAUUCUUUUACAAGGUUACUAGAUUUUUAUCAUUGUUAUUAAAACAUUUUGUAUUACUCAUUAGUCAAGUGAUUAAAUCAAUAGGCAUGCUUUCACUGUAAAUGUAUAUUGUAAUAACAUGCAGUAUUUUUUGUUAAUUUACCCAGUUUGUUCAUAUGAUUAUUAUCUUAGAGUUUGUAAAUAAUUUUACCCAAUAUGUAAAAUAAUAUGAUUUCCAUAUGAGUCAGGAUUUUUGGUUCCAAUUUCAUCCUCAAAAAUCCUAAAAAGUCCAAUAUUUAUGUAUACCCACGUUAAGAUGUACUUGCAAAAGAUUGAUGAUUUCGGUUAUCUUUAAAUUUUCCUGUUCGCAUUCAAGAUCCUUGGCAAAUACUAGUUUACCUGCAGUCCAGUAUUCUUUCUCAGGCAAACAAAAUAAUUUAGCAGUAUGAGAGUCAGCAGUCAGCAAAGGGAAAAAUGGGAAUUGUUUUUCUUUGUUUUCUGUAUGGCUGACUCCUGGGCUGCAGCAUUAUCGCAAUACCUUGUUGAGAAGAAGACGUGUUUGUAGAUUAGGUAACUCUUUGAAUUAUUUUCCUCUUUCACAUGAUCUGUUGCAGUGAACUAAAGAAACACUUGUAAAUAUUUCUCAAGAAAUUUCAGGUUCAUUUGUAAUUGGUAAUUCACCCUAAAAUCCAGUUCAUGAUUCAUUUAAAGCGUUGUACAUAUGUAUUACAUCAUUAAAUUGCUGAUUUAAGAACAUUGAUAAAAAAUAUUUUAUCACUGUUGUUUAUAUUUUUAUCUUUGGCAAAUUAUGCUGGAGAACACACAAAUACUGCAUAGAUUGAGACAAUGAAAUGCACUUAUAUGUAGAGGGAACUGAAUUUUUCCUGCAGUGGAAAAGUGAAACAUUAAGGAGAAGUAUAAACACACUUGUCCUUCCAUGCUGAUAAAACAAGGAUAAGCUCUGGCACACAUUUGCCC